GUCUCUCAGCAGCCAAACUGCUGACUGAGUCAGGCUUGAACGUGGUGUUGCUGGAAGCCAAUGACAGGGUUGGUGGAAGAACUUUCACCGUAAGGAAUAAGCAAGUUAAAUAUGUGGACCUUGGAGGAGCUUACGUGGGGCCAACACAAAAUCGUCUCCUGCGGUUAUCUAAAGAGUUAGGAAUAGAGACAUAUAAAGUGAAUGAAGUUGAGCACCUGAUACACCAUGUCAAGGGCAAGUCUUACCCCUUUAAAGGUCCAUUCCCUCCUAUGUGGAAUCCAUUGGCCUACCUGGACUACAACAACCUGUGGAGGACCAUGGAUGAAAUGGGAAAGGAGAUUCCCAGUGAAGCCCCAUGGAAGGCUCCACAUGCGGAAGAAUGGGACAAAAUGACUAUGCAAGAUUUCAUAGAUAAAAUUUGCUGGACAAAUGCUGCCAAGAGUUUUGCAACUCUGUUUGUGAAUGUGGAUGUCACUUCUGAACCCCACGAGGUCUCUGCCCUUUGGUUUUUGUGGUACGUGAAGCAGUGUGGGGGGACAACAAGGAUAUUCUCAACAACCAACGGAGGGCAGGAGAGGAAGUUUGUUGGGGGCUCUGGCCAGAUCAGCGAGAAAAUAAUGGAGCGCCUGGGAGGCCGGGUGAAGCUGAGGAAGCCGGUCAUCCGCAUCGACCAGUCGGGUGAAAGUGUCAUAGUGGAAACCUUAGAUCAUGAAUUAUAUGAGGGCAAAUAUGUGAUCAGUGCCAUUCCCCCAGCUCUUGGUUUGAAGAUUCAUUUCAACCCACCUUUGCCACCAAUGAGAAACCAGCUCAUCAACCGAAUCCCGAUGGGCUCAGUCAUCAAGUGCAUUGUGUACUAUAAGGAAAUUUUCUGGAGAAAGAAGGGGUACUGUGGUACCAUGAUCAUUGAAGAUGAGGAUGCUGCAAUUGGUUUGACACUUGACGAUACUAAGCCUGAUGGCAGCUUUCCUGCCAUAAUAGGCUUCAUUCUUGCUCGGAAGUGUAGAAGACUGACAGGUCUCACAAAAGAAGAAAGGAAAACAAGGCUGUGUGAGCUCUAUGCAAAGGUUCUAGGAUCAGAGGAAGCUUUACAUCCAGUGCAUUAUGAAGAGAAGAACUGGUGUGAAGAGCAGUAUUCUGGGGGCUGCUACACAGCCUACUUCCCACCAGGCAUAAUGACUCAGUAUGGAAGGAUUAUUCGGCAGCCUGUUGGCAGGAUCUAUUUUGCUGGCACAGAGACAGCCACAGAGUGGAGUGGAUACAUGGAGGGGGCUGUACAGGCUGGAGAAAGAGCAGCCAGAGAGAUACUGUUUGCUAUGAGGAAAAUCCCAGACAGUGAAAUUUGGAAGCCAGAACCUGAAUCAAUUGAUGUUCCAGCUUUGCCCAUCACUACAACCUUCUGGGAGAGGAACUUGCCAUCUGUGCCUGGACUGCUAAAGCUGAUUGGAUUUUCCACUUUCUUCACCUCUGUGGCUGCAGCUGGGUUAUUUGCCUACAAAAAGGGACUUCUAGUUCAAAACUGAAAAAGGUGCCAACGCAAAGCCUCACACUUGAGCGUUUUUCUUUUUUUCGGAGGUUUUUUUGGCAUGUACUUCCCUGUCUCCAAAAUCGGAUCAGGACUGGGGAAGAGGAGAAAACAGUAGAGGGAAGAGGCUGGAGGGGAGGGGUAAAGGAAAGGGAUCCAUAUUGAAAAAGAACCCCUUGAAUCCAGGCCUACUUCUGGCAGUAACUUUUUGGUUGUUGAAUUUCUAGGAUACCCUGCCAAGCGUUAUCACCUUGAGGUUUUUAUCCAGAUCUCAGAACAGAAGUGACAAAAU